AUGCUGGCCGUCGUUGGCAUCUUGAGUCUCGUCAUUUCUGAGACGCAUCGUGCCCCCGAAGUCAUGUGGUCGCCCAUCCUCAAUGCCGUGCCCGUUCAAAAGACCCGGUUCAACGAGACGUUCAUGUACCCGACAAAGUUCACGUCCAAGUUUUCCAAUGGUCUUGCAUCCGAGGACGAGUGGCGCAGGUGGACGGCAAAUCCGAUGCUGGAUGGGCGUGACGGCACAAUCGCCGUGAAGGCCGACGUGGUCGAUAGAAUCGCUCCAAUGUACACUUCGCAGUGGAAAGACUCGUUGAUUCAGCUGUCCCAUGGAGGUGAGACUCGGUAUAUGGGGCAAAUUGCCAUGUUUCAUCAUUUGCACUGUCUGAAUAUUCUCCGACACGCAGUGCAUCCAGAACUGUAUGGAGCCGCACCUGGAGGUGGCCACCUUGAGAGCCUGCGAGAGGUCCUCAUGUGCAAUCCAGGAGGCACCGAGGUGAUUUUGUUCCAUUGGAUGGAAGAUUCGGAGAAACCAUAUCCAGACUAUAACACUUUCCAUCAGUGUAGAGAUCCAGGCGCGGUUUUAGAUUGGGCUCUGGAACACGCGGUCAAAAUCAGGGGACCUCUGACCAAACCCAGGGGCGUCUUUGCGAUGCAGGAUCCCCCAUACUGA